AAAAAAAACGAAAAAAAAUCAAUGAAAUCUCUUCCAUCUUCUUCAUCUCCAUCUCCACCUUCAUCUCCCUCCCAUUUCUCCCUCCUCCUCCCAUGGCCGCCGCCGCCGCCGCCGCCGUCGCCAGUACUCCUACCUAACAGCGAUCCGGCAGCCACCAUCCCCAUUACUCUCUCGCCACCUCUUCCCCCUCCGCAUACAGCCAACUCAUGACUUCUUCUUACUUCUUAUCCUCCACCAAACAGUACACCACACCUGAACCCCUCCUCCUCCACCACCGCCACCUCCGCCGCCACCACCUCCCAAGACACCGAGUCCUUUCCCUACUAUCCUCCGCCGUUGGCGAAGCUCACUUCCCGCAGAAACCAUCCACCUUCUCUCUCCAACUGCUCCGACCCUCCGCCCGCUUCAGGAAGCCUUCCUUUGCCACCACCGUCUCAUCCUCCUUCGAGGGCGAAGAAGGAGGAGAGCAGCGACGGGAUGAGGUGCCGGGAGGUAUGGCGGAGGAGUUCCACAUCUCGUCGAGCACCGCGACAGCGAUCUCGGUCCUCAUAGCCGUCGCCGUCCUGUCCUUGCCGCUGCUGAUGAAGUCGCAGCUGGGGGUGGGGGCGCCGCUGAAGAGCCGGGCACUGACGUACGUGACGCUGCUGUUCGGGUUCUACAUGGCGUGGAACAUCGGGGCGAACGACGUGGCGAACGCGAUGGGGACGUCGGUGGGGUCGGGGGCGCUGACGCUGCCGCAGGCGGUGGUGACGGCGGCGGUGCUGGAGUUCUCCGGGGCGCUGCUGAUGGGGACGCACGUGACCAGCACGAUGCAGAAGGGCAUCCUGGUGGCCGGCGUCUUCCAGGGCAAGGACACCCUCCUCUUCGCCGGCCUCCUCUCCUCUCUCGCCGCCGCCGGCACUUGGCUCCAGGUUGCAUCCUACUAUGGUUGGCCCGUCUCCACCACACACUGCAUCGUAGGAUCAAUGGUUGGGUUCGGCCUCGUGUACGGAGGACCGGGCGCUGUUUUCUGGAAGUCGCUGGCGAGGGUGAUGUCGUCGUGGGUUAUUUCGCCUCUGAUGGGCGCUCUCGUCUCGUUCCUUGUCUACAAAUGCAUCCGCCGGUUUGUGUACAGUGCUCCGAAUCCAGGACGGGCUGCCGCCACUGCUGCACCGGUUGCGGUGUUUGUCGGCGUAACCACAAUCUCUUUUGUGGCUUUCCCGCUCAGCAAGAGCUUUCCUCUGGCUCUGGCCCAGGCUUUAGCUUGUGGCACGGCUGGUGCGGUCUUGGUUUACAGAAUCAUCCGGAAACAGCUCGGUCAUCUCCUCGACAAAGCCGACUCACCAGGGACAGAGCCAAAAGAAGCGGCCAUGCUCAAUCAAAACAUCGGAUUCCUGACCGAAAUCGCCGGCCCGAAAGGCACCCAACUGGAGAUAGUGUACGGGGUCUUUGGGUACAUGCAAAUCCUGUCAGCCUGCUUCAUGUCGUUUGCUCACGGGGGGAACGACGUAUCGAAUGCCAUCGGUCCAUUGGCCGCUGCGCUGUCCAUUCUUCAAGGCGGGGCGAGUGGGGCCGAGAUCGUGAUCCCGACCGACGUUCUCGCUUGGGGAGGAUUCGGGAUCGUCGCGGGUCUGAUGAUGUGGGGGUACAGAGUGAUCGCCACGAUCGGGAAGAAGAUAACGGAGCUCACGCCGACCAGAGGCUUCGCCGCCGAGUUUGCAGCAGCCACCGUGGUUCUCUUCGCAUCAAAGCUGUGCCUGCCGAUCUCAGCCACUCACACGCUGGUCGGCGCCGUCAUGGGAGUCGGGUUCGCUAGAGGACUGAACAGCGUGAGAGCGGAGACCGUCAGGGAGAUUGUGGCCUCCUGGGCAGUGACAAUCCCUGUUGGUGCGCUCUUUGCGGUCGUCUACACAUGGAUAUUGACGAAGCUCUUGUCAUACAUAUUGUGAGCAAAUGAUUCGCUGGUUCAAUGCCUCUGUUGUUGUGAUUCAGCCUUUGCUCUCUUCCCUGAUGAUUCUGGGGGAUGAUUUUGGUUUUCUCCGAACUUUGAUAAGGCGAUUCCCGUCGAGCCGAAGCGUGCAUCCCAUCUCGAACAAGAGCUUCCCAUCAAUUUUGCUUCUUCUGCUUGUGUUUGUUUCA